AGAGAAAGACACGUCAAACUACGUUUCCCACAAAGCCCUUCAUGCCGCAGUUAGACAACCCAAAGAUGCUUCUUGUCUUUCCCACUGUAGCUGUUAGCUAAAGCUUAGCAUUAUCUUGGGCCGGUAGGAUGGGUGUAUCAGACUUAUGGUGUGAAACAAAUGCUGGACCUGUGGUUGAUCUUUCAGCUCGUAGUAUGCAGAAGCUGGAUCCCAGUUUCACAUGCUCCGAGGACACCCACACACUCAUCUUGGACCGUAACAACAUCAUGAAGCUGGACCACCUGGAACGUUGCCCAAGCCUUCAGCAGCUGUCUGUAGCCAAUAACCGAUUGGUGAGAAUGAUGGGGGUGUCCCAGCUCAGAGAGCUGCGAGUCCUUAAUCUUCCCAAUAACAGCAUCGGCUACAUUGAAGGGCUGCGAGAUGUACCCCAUCUGACAUGGCUCAACCUGUCAGGGAACAACAUUAAGGUCAUUGAGCAACUGAACAACUGUGUGUCUCUCCAGCACUUGGAUCUGUCUGAUAAUAACAUAUCUACCAUAGGAGAUCUGACUAAACUAAUGGCAUUAAAGACACUGUUGCUCCAUGGAAACAGCAUUACAACACUCCGGGCUGUUCCUGCUCACCUCCCUGCCCAUUUAUCCAUUCUCUCCCUGGCAGAAAAUGAGAUAAGGGAUCUUAAUGAAAUGUCAUACCUGGCCCCUCUUCAUGAACUGGAGCAGCUGUCCAUCAUGUGCAACCCUUGCGUCAUGGCUACUCCCUCAUUGCCAGGUUUUGAUUAUCGACCAUACAUCAUGAGUUGGUGUCUAAACCUGAAGGUCCUCGAUGGCUACAUAGUGACACAAAAAGAAGGUCUCAAAGCAGAGUGGCUCUACAGUCAGGGGAAAGGCCGCUCAUAUCGGCCCGGGCAGCAUGUUCAGCUUGUCCAGUACUUAGCCACUGUUUGCCCUCUGACAGCAUCGCCUGCCCUGGAGACGGCAGAAGAUGCCAAACUGGAGAAGAUCCUCAGUAAGCAAAGAUUCCACCAACGGCAGCUGUUGGAGGAGACACAUGGAGGCUGUCCCAGUCCUCCUCGUCCAACUCGGUUGGAUGUUGAAAGUCACAGUCCUUCACGCGGAGCUCCACACAGUGGAGCCCCAGAGGUGAAAGAAAUCCCCACACCUGUACCAACUGCUGCUCUGUCUGUCCAGGAGAAAGAGCCCGUCGUGCAGUUUAACACUUGGGUGAGUUGUGAUGCCCCUCAUACAUCGCUGCCAGUGGUUCGCAGCCCAAAGAUUACAGGGGAGCGCAUUUAUUUGGAAGAUGUGCAGACGGAUGAGGACAAAAUCAACAGCAGCUUGCUUUCCUCCGAAUCCACCUUCCUUCCUUUCACAUCUGACCUGGAGCCACAAAUAGCCCACACUGACAGCGAGGACGAGACCGAGACAUUUGAGCCCGAUUCUCUGGCUCCAAAGCGACCACCCCAAUCCAGAAAUCCCAACCCAAAUGAGACAGAGUCUUCUCCGACAGAUAAGCACCAGAGGAAAACCCGUGAAGAGAACAUUGCAUCUGUUGCUGCCACAACAGCUGCAUCACCGGCCAGAGUUACCAUGCCACAAAAUGAUUCAGAAACACCCUUUGACUUUGGUAAAGAUGCCUCAAAGCAGACACGAAUGAGCAUGUCUGUCAGUGAAUUAAAUCUGCUAGAGGCUGACAAGGCGGCGAUUAAAAUACAGUCCUGGUGGAGAGGGCACUACACUCGGUGCUGCCAUCCCGCGGCCAGAGAGGUGCGCAGUGAAAUCCGCCUGCGGCGAAUGCAAGAACACGUCCUCUUCCUGUCUGAUAAGCUGGGGACGAUGCAGAAGCACUACGAGGAGGAGAGGCUCCAAAGGCUUGCUCAGGAGGAGGCUGUGAAGUUUCUAUGGAAAGAGCUUCAAUCCAUGCAGCAGUGGAAACAGUCUGUGGAGAACAAGCUUGCAGCCAUCUCGCAGCAAGAUCCCCCAGCUACGACCUUUUCUCCCGGGCUUGCCGAUGCGGCCCCGCCUGUCGCCUCAAGCACCACAAACCCUCCCAUUAUCACCGACGUCUCCUUCCCAGACUCUGGGUUUCAAUCAACUUCUGAUCAGCAAGCAGCGCUGGAGGACAGCUUUCUGAGCAGCGGGACAGCUGACUCUCUGAAGACAGUACGAGCACUGAGCCCUGUUCGGAGCGGCUUCGCUGGUGUGAGCGACGGUGUGGACAGUGCAGACUGCAGCCUGUUGGAGGAAUACCUGUCCUCUGUACAGCAGAGAGAGGAGGAGGCUGAUGAAGGGAACAGCGAUAAAACAGAAACACCACAGCCCUCUCCGAGCAGGACAGCAUCAACCAUUGAUUCCCCCAUGCAGAAGGCAGCACAAGCCACUCCAUUCUCUGUCUGAGAUCCUUCAAUCACCCGAAAGUUCAACAGAAUGUGUGUAAAUAAGCAUUUUGUAGGAUUCAGACAUUUAGUUCCUUAAUAAGACUUUCGUUAGGCCUAUAAACUCCAUUCUUCUUGAUUACAAAUCAAGCUCACCUUUAACACUCAGAAGAGGCUUGAUACACUACCUUACACUCAAUGAAAGUCCAGCUAUUUUGCACCAUUUGUUCUGUUAUUACUGAUUGAUUGAAUGUAAAUACAGAAUUGUUAAAAGCAGUCUUUUAAUGUGUACGCAGUUCAUCAGUAACUACCGCAAACAUGACUAUAGGUUACAGUUCCACAACGUACAUGUUAUUGUAGUUAUAUCGCAUGUCUGAUCUGUUACCAACAUGGUUUCUGUCAGCUACUGGUUCUGAUCAGCUUUAUCUGAUAUUUAAAAUAAACCUGCUGUUGUUUUAUCUUCAAAACUGAAAAUAAAUACAUGGAUAUACA